AUGGGGAUAACUUUUUCGAGCACAAACCAAGUGAUAACAACAAGGUCGCAGCUUGAGGAAGAAAUCAAUCUCUUCCUCAACAAUCGUAUCGAACAACAACACGAUCAACUAAUCUCUUCCUUCCUCGAAGUCGCUGUCGGCCAGACCGUCGAAACCGCUCAAAGGUUCUUAGAGACAACGAACUGGAACAUAGAAGAAUCCAUCAAUCUGUUUCUCCACGACAACAACUAUGAUCCUUCUAUGUAUAACGAGGAUCAUGCGCAAAGUUACGACGAUGAGACCUUUGAUGAUGGAGGGUCAGAUUCGACGCUGUCUUCCAUGUUUCGUCCUCCUGUAGACUUGCUUUUCCACGGUCGUACGUUUGAAGAAGCGAAAUCGACUUGUUGUGAGCAGAAUCUAUGGUUGCUAGUGAAUCUCCAGUCCAGAACAGAGUUUGCUUCUCACACGCUCAAUCGAGAUUUAUGGGCGAACGACACCGUUUCAGAAGCUGUUGUGUGUUUCGUCUUGUGGCAGGUCUAUGAUAAUACAAUCGAAGGAAAGAAAAUAUCCAACUUCUACAAAAUCGACUCUGCUCCACCUGUUGUGCUUGUAAUCGAUCCCGUCACUGGUCAGAAGAUGCGUAUGUGGAGCGGCGUCAUUGAAGCUCAGAGUUUUGUGGAGGAUUUGUCGCGGUUCUUGGAGGCUGGUCCUCAUGAACACAUUGAUUCUUUGAUAAGGAGCAGACGCCCUGAAACGGAGGAGGAGGUGGAAGACAUUGGUUGGUCAAGCAACAACACUGAUCAAGUCCCGGUUCCUUCUUGGGGUGAAGAGUUUGAAAAGGAGGAUAAUUGGUCGUCAAGCAACAAUAUAGAAGCUCCUUCUUGGGGGGAAGAGUUUGAAAACGGGGAGACUUGGUCUACAAGCAACAACAAUGUUCCUUCUGUGAGUCCCGGAUUUGAAGUGAAGGAGGAAGAGAAUGGGUUAUACUUGCCGGAUAUGAUAGAAGAGGCAAAAGAAGACUGUGAAUUUCAAGAGUGUGAUCAAGUAAAGGAGGAGGAAACUUGUUUAGAGUAUCCAGAUUUAACAGAAGAGCCAAAGGGAGACUGUGACAAAAGCCUUGUGUGCAGUCUAUGUUUUCGGUUUCCAGAUGGGAGAAGAAAGCAGAGGAGGUUUCUCAAGAGCGAACCUAUUCAGCUUCUAUGGUCUUUCUGUCAUUCUCAGAUGGUGGAGUCUGAGAAGAAGGCGUUUAGGUUGGUACAAGCGAUUCCUGGUGCUUCAAAGACUAUUGAUUAUGAAGUUAAUGCUACUUUUGACGAAUAUGGACUCGCUAAUUCGAUGAUUUCGGUUACAUGGGAGUGA